AUGGCUGAAGCUGAAAACUUCUUUUGGUGCACAUCUGGCUGCGGCUCUGGUCAAAUACAUGACACCGGCCACGACCACCCCAUUGUCAUUUGCCUUCACUGUAGCCACCGAUCCUGUUUUCAUCACAACGUCGCCUGGCACCAGGGUUUGACGUGCGAAGAGUACGAUCAGUUGCUUGCCGACCCGGACAACUUCCGUUCCAAGCUUGAAAUUGAUAAUGAAGCGUGGGCAGUUUCGCAAAGAGAGCAGCUUGAAGCAGACAGAGCUAUGGCGCAAGGCCUGUUGGAAGAAGAAAGAAGGACCAGAGAAAUGAGGGAGAGGAGAGAUCGCGAAGAAAGGGAGAGGACACAGAAAGCAAUCGAGUUGGCGAGACAGAUUGCCGCAAGAAGAAAGGCUGAAGAAGAAAUGAGCAAAGAAACAGUCGGAAGGACGACAAAGCCAUGCCCUGGAUGCGGAUGGGCGAUUGAAAAGAAUGAUGGAUGUGGUGCCCCUUGA